AUGUGGGUCGUGAGUUUUGUUUUCAUCGCUGCCGCCGUUGCUGAGGAGUUCCACGUCAGCGAGGCGGACCUUACUGGAGAGUUCUCCGCCAGCAGAAUCAUUGGAGGCAACCCGACUGUAAUAGAAAAAUACCCUUACACUGUGCAGGUCCUAUAUGAAGGUCGGCUUAGGUGCGGUGGAUCGCUCAUAACACAACGUCACGUUCUGUCAGCCGCGCACUGCUUCGUUAACGAGAACGACGUGGUCGUGAACCCUAAUGUUUUCAGCGUGCGCGUGGGCUCCACUUAUUUGAGCUCAGGGGGCACCGUGUACUCUGUGUCUAUGGUCGUGGUGCACGAGGGGUACAACCGGCCACCGCGCGACAACGACGUGGCGGUCCUGGUGCUGGGCAGGCGCGUCGCGACCUCUGCGGCCGUGGCUACGGUGGCGUUGCCCCACCCCAGCGCUGUGGUGCCCAGCGACGCGCUGCUGGUGCACGUCGGCUGGGGAAGCACGCACGAGAUGGUGCCGCAGGCGUCGGAUGUACUGAACGAGGUGGUAGUGAGGAAGGUGAACCGGAGCGUUUGCGCACAGCGCUACCGUCUAUUGGAGGUGGCUACGGGCGAGCCGUACCCAGUCACGGGCAACAUGAUCUGCGCCGGCCUUCUGGACGUCGGAGGCAAGGACGCGUGCCAAGGCGACAGCGGCGGGCCCCUGCUGUACGGCGACGUGGUGGUGGGCGUGACGUCAUGGGGCUACGGCUGCGGACAGCCCUCCUUCCCGGGGGUGAGCGCGCGCGUCGCCUCCUUCACCAGAUGGGUGGAGAGCACGGUGGGUGCGGGGCGCUUCGUGUGUGGCGGGGCUUGGCACGUC